AUGAUGGUCUACGACCAGCUCAAUUUGCCAGGGCUUGCGCCCGCCGAGGCGCUGAACCGCAGGCGUGCCCUCAUCGAGCACGCUCACUCCGGAAGACCGGACACCCCCAGUUAUGAGGGAGCAGAGGACUUCAUGGGCAUCAAAGACACUGCAGAUGGAUCGUUGGUAGACCCGGCCCUGCUGCAAUUUACAGCAAAGCGGCAGGCGGCCAAAGCAGAGAUCAUGAAGCAGAGUCGACUUGCUGCCGAAGAAAGGAAGGCCGCCCACAAGAAGGGCGAUGGCAAGGGUGACAAAGACAAGGAGUCAAGAGGGGCCCUGGAAACCCCUACGUACAGUCGGGCCCGUGCCCAUGGGCCGGGGCAAGGGCCUGAGACUUUUUUGGGCGCCAAGCAAUUUUCCAAAGAGCCUCUCGGGCAUCACGGUGACAUUUUUCCCAUGCCGUUGCCCAUGGACCGGGGCUUCCCGGGAAGUUCUGCGGUGCUGGAGACUCAGCUGUCUUCUAUGGAAGCCUCCUCCAUCGGGCGCUGGGAUGAGCGCUGGCGCUUCAGACGUGAGGACGGAGCGCAGGUAGAAGUUUUCAGCCGUGCCGAAGUGAAGAAGGCCAACGACAGGUUGACGAGCCCGGCGCGGGCGGACAAGGCCUGGAGGGAGCGCAGCCGGUCGAGGCCAAGCUUUGAGGCUCUGGAGUUCUUCAGACCCGAGGCAGCAAGGGCGGGGGAACUAAGGCUUCCGCACUUCAAGAAGGCAAUGAAGGGAUGGAGGCGGCUGGCUCCGACGCAGACGCGAAUGCCGAUGGUGGAGUUUGCAAAAACCUGCAUCAGCGGAUUGAUGAUGAGUCAAGGCUGGCACGAGAUGGCUCUUUACAACGAGGUCACCUACUCAACCUACGCCCGCCCGGGCGAGAUGCUCAGGGUGAUGGCAGUGGAUGUGGCGCCCAAGAACAGCCAGUUCAACCACCAUGUCAUCGUCCUCAGCCCCUUCGAGCGAGGAGUCAGCAGCAAGACAGGCAUCUUCGACGAAGUGUUGGUAAUGGACGAUGUGAGGAUGCCGCAGCUAGGAGACCUGCUCGUGGAAUGGGCAAGAAGGAGGAUGAACAAAGAAGGAGAGGAGGCCAAGCGCUGGAGUUUCAAUCUGCAGCCCUUUGGAGAGAUGAUUCGGAGAGACUUUCCAAAAUGGUUCCGAGGUGGCUCCUUCCCAGUGCCAGCUCAGCUUCAACGGAGGCUGGGCGACCAUUUCAAGAUUUAG